GACAGCUCCGUUUAGGCAUCAUCCGAGUCACCCCGUGCGACCCCGCCAUGGUGGCCAACUCUGGCGCAGCCUGCUCUGCGUCGGGCGCUGCUGGGGCGGGCAAGGGGCCCGCAGGUGUCAAACGCUCCAUCGGCGACAAGCCUGCAGGUGCUGUGCGCAGCAAAGGCAAGGGCAAUAACUCGCUGCACGACCCCUGGGCAGACGCUGCUGGCAAAGGGGCCUGCAGUGAUGUCGUCGACCUCGACAUGAUCCCCGCCGAGGACGAGGCCGCCGCCUCCCUCGGCCUGUCCCUGAACCUACAGGAUCCGACGCACUCCUCACCCACCACCAUGGGGACGGCCACGCCCAUCGGCCGUGCGAGUUCUUCCCCUUGUUCUCCGCCCUCUGCUGGGGCGGAGAGCACACUCGAUUUCGAGAUGGUCGGCGCGGGCGAGAUGGACUUCGUGGAGAGCGCCGCGGGCAUCCCGCACGACAUCCACGGCUCGCUCACCGCGGAGACCAACAUGGCCACCAAGGCCGACUUUGAGAAGCAAGAGAAGCGCAUGGACAUCCUCGAGGCCCAGGUGCAGAAGCUGACGGCCGACCAGCAGAAGGGGAUGACUGCCGCUCAAGAACACGCGCUGCUGGCCAAGCUCCAGGCCAAGGUCCUGGCGGCCCAGGCAAACGACAUGGGGUCCAAGGGCGACGGCCACUGCAACCCAUGCAAGAUGUGGGUCGGCGGGUUCCCGCGGCCCCUGCUCCACUCCGUCCUGGAGCGCGCGGGCCAGACGAUUCUAGCCUCGCUCCCGCUAGCUGUACAGGGCAAGGUUGCGAUCAAAGCCUUCAACCUCAACAGGAGCGUGAGCAUCACCUUCGGCGACGAAGCGGCCAUGCGCGACGCCUGCUCCAGGCUCCAGGACUCUCCGCCCGAAUGGAUCGACCCGCUGAACGGUGCUCGAGUGCAGCUUCGGGCUCGACGGGAUGCUUCCGCCCACGCGCGGCGCAAGAACCGCAUGCUCGGCCUCCUCUUCCAGCGUGUUGUGGACUACCGCAAG